CGCCACUGCCGGGAGGACGACGCGGACCUCGCCGCGGCCGCCAAGAUUCGUGGCGAGGAGGCGUCCGACUUCGCCCAGGAGGAGAAGGAGCUCACGGAGACCCUGUCCGCUAUCCAGAGGGCGAUCGGCAUCCUCGAGAGGCUCGGGCGGCCUGCGGCCGGCCUCGCCCCCCGCCUUUGGAGCGCCCUCCUCGACACGUCUUGA